AUGGCUAAAGAGUUUGAAGAACUCGCUCUCGAUGGACAUAACUAUCCUACUUGGGCACUGGAUAUCAAGAUCAGCCUUGCCUCAAAGAACAUUCUGAGUGCAUUGCUACCUCCUGCAGAGAGGACUGAGCCACUGCAUGAUGCAUACAAGUACAACGCAUUGUACAUUCUUAGGCAUCACCUCCAUCCUGAUCUGAAAGCAGAAUACGUGAUGGAAGAAGAGCCAAAUGUACUAUGGUUAUCCCUUAAAAACAGGUACGAGCAACAGAAGGCUGUAAUCUUACCUGAGGCGAAUCAUGACUGGACUCAUAUUCGUCUCCAGGACUACAAGUCCAUAGGUGAUUACAACCAUGCUAUUCAUAAAAUCUGUGCUCGUUUGCGUUUUUGUGGCAAGGAACCUUCAGAUGCGGAUAAGAUUGAAAAGACACUCCAAACUAUGCUCCCAUCUGAUAGGGUCUUGCAACAUCAAUACCGUGCUCGCAAUUAUCAGACUUACUCUAAACUCAUACAUGAUCUGCUUCAGGCAGAAAAGCACGAUGAGCUUACGAUGAAAAAUCAUAAGCAACGUCGUGUUGGGGCUGCCCCUAUGCCUGAAAUACAUCAUGCUAUGAAAGAUGAGAAGAAAGGGAAUGGCUUCAAAAACCAUUCCAAGUUUUCUGAUAAUUCAAAGAAGCGCAGACGCAACAAGCGUAAGGGUAAGAAAAACACAAAGGCUCCGAGGAAAGACACUACUACUUCCAAGGAUGAGAAGUGCAAGAAGUGUGGAUGCUACAACCAUCCCACCAACAAGUGUCGCACUCCUCGCCACUUAGUGGCUCUGUACCAGCAAGCUUUCAAAGGCAAGGCUGCAGAAGGACAGGCAUACGAAGCUCACUUCGCCACUCCAUCCAACUUGAAGGCUGAUAUUGGAAGUCCAAGCAUGAGUCAAAAGGAACCAUGCACUUCCAACCUUCCACUCCUGACCUACACUGAGCCUAUGGACAUAGACAAUGUCAUCGUCGACUAUAGUUUGGAUGACGCCUUUGGAGACCUCAACUAG